AGAGGGAAACUAGAAACAACGUGUCAUCUUCAGAAGUGUCUUUGUGAGCUGAAAAACGGCCGUCCUUCACAGAGCAAAGCAACAUGUUUUGCAUGCUGUGGAUCGUCUUUCAGACAAUGUCUCUCCUGGUGGAAGCUGGAGGACAGUCUUCAGGUAGUGGUGAGGCUGGUGGUGGCAAUGGAGGAGUUGUGAAUGGAGGCAUGGUCGUUAACGCUGUUAAACCAGGGGUUAUGAAUGGGCUUGUCUUAAAUGGGCAACCCUUUCUGGCACAGGUGAUACCAGUUGGUGGAUCAUUACUUAUUCAACAACCGGGUGCACUUGGUCAGGCCGCCAUGCCCCAGCUGGUCCCCAUUGGUGCACUUCAGCAGGGUGGGGCACUUCCUGUAGGACAGGCGGGAGCAGCCAAUGGAGUGCCACUACAACAAGGACAGCUUCCUCAACUGGCCAAUAGGGUUGUACCAUUAUUUGCAGUUCUGCCACAGGCAAAUGGCAUCGGAGGCCCCCAGGCCCCAAUGUUGAUGCAGAUUAUUCCUGUGGGUGGAGGAAACAACCUUCAGCAGCCAGCAGCUGGAGGGAAGGCAAGAAAAGCUAGAGUCAAGCAUUCAGUCCCUUUUCAUGGAAUGCCCACAUCAACAAGAACAGAUACUCCACUGACCAAGGUGAUUGCUGGGGAGGUGGAAGAAUCCUCCGGCUCUGACACCAGUGAAUGCUGAAGUGAGGCUGAGCCUCUGAAACCUGGACAGCAUUCUAACUAGGGUUGCACAUUUCUAGUAACUGGGACUUCUGGAAAGUGUGAAAGUUACCAGAAUCUUACAACCGAAAACAAAGUAUUUAAACUGUAAUACCAGAAUCUCAUCAAAUUGCCAAUUCCAGAUGACAAAUUACCUCUACUGGCAGGUUGUUCAAUUCCCGGGUGCGCCAUUACAACUUGUUGUGUUGCCCUCUUGUUUGUCUCCCCCUCUUACUUCAAAAUCUAUCUCUGAAUAAACGUUAUGAAAGAAAAGUGGAAUUCCAGUCUCCUUUGAGCAAAACUAAAACUAGAUUAACAGGCUGGCUGUAUCUCGACUGUGUGUCCAUUUCCAUGUUUUGUAACGGCGUUCCCGAUGUACUGGAAAUGUCGUUAUCACAGCUGAUGUCUUUGAAUAAAUGAUUAAACAGAUGGCGAUCU